AUGCAGAAUUCGAUCGGGCUCGUGAGGUCAGAGGGCGUAUGGAGGACCCCGGAGCGCCCCGGCGGGCGCUCCGCGGGGCCGGCGGCUUUCGGCCCCGCGUCCAAGCGCGCGCACCUGCACGCCUUCUGGCAGCAGGUGCUCGGCGGGCGGCCCAUGGCCCUAGGCGGCGCCUCCCUGGGGGGCGGCAUCGCCAUUGACUUCGCGGCGGCGUACCCGGAGGCGGUCGAGCGGAUGGUGAUGAUCGACCCCCAGGCGUUCAUCGACGGCGCCCCCACCUUGGGCCCUCUUGGCUUCCUGGGGAUCCAGGUGCUCUCCUCCUGGCCCCUCCGAUCCAUGGCCAACCAGAUGGCUUACUUCGACAAGGAGAAGUACGCCACAGACGACGCGAUCCGCAUCGGCAGGUUGCACGUUGAACUGGACACCUGGUCGGAGGCGAGCCUGAACUAUCUGAACUCUGGCGGCUACACGUUGUCGCCCCUGGUCAGCCAGGUGCGCGUGCCGACGCUGCUGCUCUGGGGGGAGCAGGACGAGAUCUUGAACGGGGAGGAGAACGUCCCCCGCUUCGUGGAGGAGAUACGCGGGCCAGUGCAGGCGGAGUGGAUUGCCGAGUGCGGCCACGUGCCGCACUUGGAGCAGCCGAGGAGGACGGCCGAGCUGAUUGCUGCCUUCCUGGAAGGGUAGCCGUGCCCCCUCCUUUUCCUCCUCCUCCUCCUCCUCCUUCCCCUCCCCCCCCUUCCCUCCCCUCCCCUUCCCCCCUCCCCGCGCCGCCGUUGUUUUUUGUUCGGCGGAGCCGGCCGACGAGGCCAGGCGGGCGCAGCCCGCGCCUCCGCCGCCGGGGCUUCGGCCGCGGCGGGCCAGCGGGUGCGCGGCAUCUGCCGGGCCGCGCCCGGGA